AUGUCUUCGUUGCUGGACUUUGGUGAAUUGGAUUACGUCAAACAGGAAUCCGUUUCUUCUGCUUCGUUGUCAUCUUUAGAGGUUUCUCAUCAAUCACAUCAUCAUCAAUCCAAACGACCACUUUCUCCUCAUCAUGAUGAAUUUUCAGUAGAGAAUGAAACUGCGGAAGGAGUUGAUUAUCAUCAGGAUGAUGAUGGUAAUGAAGAAGAAGGCUUUUUUCCCAUCGGAAAUAGUUUUGAAGGCUCUUCUUCUAAAAAUCCCAAUGAAACACUCUUUCAAUUCAUAAAUCAAUACAUGCAAGAUGAGGAGCAAGAUGAAGAUAAUUUGGAAAAUCAAGAUAGCUCCGAAGUUGUGAUUGAUGUCAAUGAGAAAGCAAAGCAGUCAUUACCCAAUGAAAAGAAAAAGAAAAAAGAACGUGCUGUUAUUGUGGACAAAGUUGAAUACGGAGGUGGUGUGAAUAAUGAAACUGAAAACGUUGACUAUUUAUUGACUAUUUAUUUGAAACGAUUAUCGAUUGAUUUGGUGACACACAUUUUUUCGUUUCUUCCUGUUUCCACCUCCACACUGAUUUCGAAAACUUUUGAAAAAUCUUUUGAUUCAACUUACUAUCGAUUGCUUUAUCAAUUUGUGUACAAUCACUUUUAUUCUGUACAGCAUAACCAAAUUUACAAAAAACUCGAUACUUCAUGGAAAGAUACAUUAUUGGGGUUAGUGUUGCUUCAAUAUCGAGAAAAGGAGAAGAUAUUGGAUUCUAAAUUUCCACACCCCUCAACAAAACUCUCCCAACCCUUUGGUUUUAUUGAGAAUAAGAAACUAAUUUCAAUGCACUCUGUUGAUGCAUAUAUCACCAAGAAAUAUAAAUUCACUGUAAUCACCUAUGAAAAAUACAAUACCAAAGAUAUACUAACAGAGUUUAACAAGAAGAACCAUUCCUCAAUUUUGAUCGACGAUGUACAUACUGUUCAAUAUGAAAUGAAUUUUGUUGGAUACUUAAUACCAAGCGCACACGAUUUUUCCCUUUUUGCAGAAGUGGAUACCAUUAUUUUGACCUACAACGUGUUAGAUUUCAAUUUAUUUUACACUCUUUCCUCUUGGAUUAAUUUACUGGAGAUGGUAGCUCCAGAGGUACCUGUCCUACUCGUUGGAACUCAUGCUAAUUUACGAAAAAAUAGCCACAUAUUAUCUCAAUUAAAAGACCAAAAGAAAUAUGUGAUGAGAUUUAUGGAUUGUGAGCAACUUGCAAAACGAUUUAAUAUUCUUUCGUACUUUGAAAUGGAUGCAUUUCCACACAUUGGAAAAGAUUGGAGCUUUUCAUCGAACAAUAGUGAGAACUCUCAAGAAGAAAUGGAUCCACAAACAAAAGAAGAGGAAUCCAACCCACAAGAAGAGCAAGACGCAGCCAUUGAUCAUGAAACACCUCGUGUGGACAGUAUUAAUGACAUUUUACAUUUAGACAAGCCAUCCAUGUCCUUAAUUGAAAUGCCACCUGAAUUAUCUCUACAAAUUUAUCACAUUAUUCGUGGAUCAGCCAUUGCAUCUGACAUCUUUCAAAAACAUCACAAUAGUUUGUAUUGGAAUAUAUGGAACGCAACCUCUUCUCUCUAUCGGGAGUGUAUUCCUUCCACCAAAUGUACAUUGCAAUAA